CGGGGAGCCGAGGGAGAGCGCGCGCCCGCCCGCGCGCACAGGCGAAGAUGGCGGCGGUGGUCGGAGGGCGAGCCGGUUCCUUUUCUUCGACGGGGCUGGGCUCGGGCUACGGGGGGGCCGCCUUCAACGCUACGAACAGCGGCAGCGGUCCCGACCCGCGCGAGGACGACGACGGGCAGAAUCUCUGGUCCUGCAUCCUCAGCGAGGUGUCCACUCGUUCCCGUUCGAAAUUGCCUUCAGGAAAAAAUGUCUUGUUGUUGGGUGAAGAUGGUGCAGGUAAAACUAGUUUAAUAGGAAAACUUCAAGGAAUUGAAGAAUAUAAGAAAGGAAGAGGAAUGGAAUAUUUGUACUUAAAUGUACAUGAUGAAGACAGAGAUGAUCAGACAAGGUGUAAUGUCUGGAUCUUGGACGGCGACCUGUAUCAUAAAGGUCUUCUUAAAUUUGCAAUGGAAACCAGCUCUCUAAAGGACACUCUAGUUAUGCUGGUAGUGGACAUGUCUAAGCCAUGGACUGCUUUGGACUCUUUACAGAAAUGGGCCAGUGUUGUAAGAGAACAUGUUGACAAAUUAAAAAUUCCUCCUGAAGAAAUGAAAGAGAUGGAACAAAAGAUCAUAAGAGAUUUUCAAGAAUACACAGAACCAGGAGAAGACUUCCCAGCAUCUCCGCAGAGGAGAAAUACUUCACUACAAGAAGACAAAGACGACAGCGUCAUUUUGCCACUGGGUGCUGAUACGCUAACAUGUAACUUAGGCAUUCCUGUAGUAGUAGUUUGUACAAAGUGUGAUGCUAUUAGUCUUCUGGAAAAAGAACACGAUUACAGAGAUGAGCACUUUGACUUCAUUCAGUCUCAUAUCCGACGGUUUUGUUUACAGUAUGGUGCAGCACUUAUUUACACUUCAGUAAAGGAAAGUAAGAAUAUUGAUUUAGUGUAUAAAUAUAUUGUCCAGAAAUUAUAUGGAUUUCCUUUCAACACAUCUGCUAUUGUUGUGGAAAAAGAUGCAGUAUUUAUCCCUGCAGGAUGGGACAAUGAAAAGAAGAUAGGAAUAUUACAUGAGAACUUUCAGACUUUAAAAUCAGGAGACAGUUUUGAAGAUAUCAUAACAAAGCCACCUGUUAGAAAGUUUGUACAUGAGAAAGAAAUAGUAGCAGAAGAUGACCAAGUAUUUCUUAUGAAGCAGCAGUCUUUGUUGGCAAAACAACCACCUACUGCAGCUGGAAGACCAGUGGAUACUUCACCAAGAGUUCCUGGAGGGUCCCCAAGGACACCAAACAGAUCAGUAUCUUCCAAUGUCGCAAGUGUUACCCCCAUCCCUGCUGGAUCCAAAAAAAUUGAUCCUAGUAUGAAAGCUGGAGCUACAAGCGAAGGAGUGCUGGCAAACUUCUUCAACAGUUUGCUGAGUAAGAAAACUGGCUCCCCAGGAGGACCUGGAGGUGGUGUUGGUAGUCCUGGAGGAGUAGGGGGUACUGGAGGUGGUGGUGGCAGCAACUUGCCACCAUCAGCAAAAAAGUCAGGCCAGAAGCCAGUCUUAACAGAUGUUCAAGCUGAACUGGACAGAAUGUCACGAAAACCAGAUCUGGCCUCUCCAAAAUCACCUGCAUCCCCUACAGAAGGUGAAGCAUCUUGAAGACACCAAAUAUAGCCAUGUGUUCGGUUUUUUUGGGAUAAUUUAAACUUGCCUCUGCCUCUUCCUUCAGUGACUGGGACUAGGGAACUGAAACACUUUCAGAGAAGGACAAGCAGUUGAUGUCUUUUGUUUUGCCCCACUCUGUAAAAGGGAACUGUACAAAUGGAAAAUAAUAUCCUAAAUGUAAGACUGCUGUUCACAGUAUAAUGUGGCAUACUGGAAUAUCUAAUGCCUGGAUUUUGUUUAAAAGUCACUGUAAUUCUGUAAGAUUGAAAAAUGUCCACUGAAUCAUUUGUGAAGCAAAAGCUGCUUGAAGAGUUGGAAAGUUGAUAUGCAACACAGGCGGGCACUUAAUUUAUAUCAAUCUCCCAACCUUUUUAGUUUGAUGCCAUUUUACAAAUUAACCUCAAGGGGGAGGAUUUGCUAGUUUUGUUGGAAAGCAAUCAAUCAAUUGUUGUUCUUUUGUGCACCAUCAAUAAACUAACUGAAAAUAAAA